AUGGCUUCUCAGCGAGUAUUCCAGCUCGGCCUGCGCCGCGCGGCAGCCCCCAGCUUCAAGAUCGCGCCUGCUGGCCGCACCAUCCAGAAGAGGCUCGCAGCUACAGAGGCCGCCUCGCGAGACACCGCCUCCGAGAUCCUUCGCAAGCAGCGCCUCCAGCGCCCCGUCUCGCCCCACCUUUCCAUCUACAAGCCGCAAAUCACCUGGUACGCCUCGUCGCUGAACCGCAUCACGGGCAUCACGCUCUCUGGCUCUCUCUACCUCUUUGGUCUCGCAUACCUCGCCGCACCCUACACCGGAUGGCACCUCGAGACCGCCUCGAUGGUUGCGACCGUCGCGGCGUGGCCUGUGGCUGCCAAGAUUGCGCUUAAGAGCUUCUUCGCGUUCCCCAUGUUCUUCCACUCGUUCAAUGGUGUGAGGCAUCUGUUGUGGGACAUUGGCGUCGGCUUCACAAACCAGCAGGUCAUCAGGACGGGUUGGUCGGCUAUUGCUUUGACCGUCGUCACUUCGCUGUACUACGUCUUCUUCCAGUAG